CUAAUGUGACGGCUUUUCCAACGAAACCAAAAUGUUCGUUUUACACUUAUGGCUGCUCCCAGUUACAGCGAAACUCUGCCUGAAGAUGCUCAUUCCCAAGGAGAACCGUAAAGCUAUUCACCAAGCUCUUUUCCAACAAGGCGUCCUCGUCGCUAAGAAGGACUUCAACCUUCCUAAGCACCCUGAGGUUGGUGUCCCCAACUUGCAGGUGAUCAAGGCUUGCCAAUCCUUGGACUCUCGUGGUUAUGUCAAGACCCGCUACAACUGGAGCUGGUACUACUACACCUUGACCAACGAGGGUGUUGAGUAUCUCCGUGAAUGGUUGCACCUUCCCGCUGAGGUUGUUCCUGCUACUCACAAGCGUCAAGUCCGCCCAGCUGCUCCCCGCGCUGUCCGCUCUGAGCAACGUGAGCAACGUGCUGAUGCUGGUUACCGCCGUGCUGAGAAGAAGGACGGUGAGGCUGCUCCCGCUGGCUUCGCUCCUUCCUUCCGUGGUGGUUUCGGCCGUGCCUAAAUGAAAAAUAAAAUCUGUUCGUAAUGGAAGGAUUCACACAUUUGGAAGCUUUGUAUUCCUCAAACACCGCAUCUGUUCAUAGGCAAUGUUAACACGCAAG